AUGCUCCUCUCCGGCCCGCAGCCGCCCACCCCGUCGCUGCUGCUCCCGGAGAGCAGCGGCGAGGACGGCGGCGGCAACGGCGCCGCCGCCCACGACCACGACUCCUCCUCGCGCGCCUCCGCCCCGAAGAAGCGCGCCGAGACCUGGGUCCAGGACGAGACGCUCUGCCUCAUCGCGCUGCGCCGGGAGAUGGACGACCACUUCAACACCUCCAAGUCCAACAAGCACCUCUGGGAGGCCAUCUCCGCCAAGAUGCGCGAGCAGGGCUUCGACCGCUCCCCGAGCAUGUGCACCGACAAGUGGCGCAACCUCCUCAAGGAGUUCAAGAAGGCGCGCAGCCACGCGCGCAGCAGCGCCGCCGCCGGGGGGAACGGCUCCGCAAAGAUGGCAUACUACAAGGAGAUCGACGACCUGCUCAAGCGCCGAGGGAAGGCCGCUGGCUCGCCAGGCGGGAGUGGCGGCGUCGCCAAGAGCCCCACGCCAACCACCAAGAUCGAGUCAUACCUGCAAUUCGCGGAUAAGGGUUUUGAAGAUGCUAAUAUUCCAUAUGGCCCUGUUGAAGCGAGUGGUAGGUCAUUGCUGAGUGUUGACGAUCGUCUGGAGCCUGACAGGCAUCCACUUUCUUUAACUGCAGCUGAUGCAGUUGCAACGAAUGGUGUGAACCCAUGGAAUUGGAGAGACACCUCAACUAACGGUGGAGAUAAUCAGGGUACUUAUGGUGGGAGGGUUAUUUUAGUCAAGUGGGGUGACUACACUAAAAGAAUAGGGAUUGAUGGUACUGCCGAGGCAAUUAAAGAGGCCAUCAAAUCUGCAUUCGGAUUAAGAACAAGACGAGCUUUUUGGCUUGAAGAUGAGGAUGAGGUUGUUCGUUCCUUGGACAGGGAUAUGCCAGUUGGAAUAUAUGCUCUUCAUCUUGAUAACGGGAUAACAAUCAAGAUCUGCACAUUCGAAGAUGCAGAACGCAUGGCAGUUCGGACAGAAGAUAAAACAUUCUACACCGAUGAUGACUUCAGAGAUUUCCUGUCUCGGCGUGGUUGGACACUCCUCAGGGAGUAUAGUGGGUACAGAGUCGCUGAUACCCUGGAUGAUCUUCGCCCUGGUGUGAUUUAUCAGGGGUUGCGCUCGAUUGUUGAUUGAUCCUGCAUGUGUCGGGUUAAUUUGGCAUCAUUUGCCUUAGAGGCAUCUAAUUUAUGUCCACGAUAGAAGUGGACCACCAUAAAGCCUAACCUAGUUUAAAGCCAAGCAGGUCUUGGCUGUCCCUGACUGUACAUGUAAAUGUAUUCCUGUAUAACAUUGUACAUUUGCCUAUAAGAAUAGCUGUCCUUGGAAACAAAUCCAUUCAGCAAGGUUGCCUGAGUAUCAA